CAGAAGAAGAAGAAGGAAGACGACGAAGCAGAACAGAGGCAGCAGCGAUGGACGACCGUCUCGAAGGUGACGGCGGACUUCGUCCGGGCCUCAACGUUGACAUCCGUCGUACAGACGGGCGCGUGCAUGCCGCAACCAUCACUGCAGUCGACUUUCGCACGGGACUGGUCACAGUGGAGUGGUUCGAAGGCGGAGAGACCAAGGGCAAACAACUGGAGGUUGAAGCGCUUCUGCGACUCAAUCCCGCGCUUCGCAUCCCGCGCGUCACGUGCAACGAGUUCGACGUCACACAAGACAAGUCACCUCGACGUUCGUCCUCACCCACGAACACUGGGCGGAAAACGAGGCAAGCGGACCACGUGGUUGACGGACCUGGCGAUUACGAAUUUCGAGGACGUCAACAAAGAUUUAGGGAGAUGGCGACAGAUCGCCGUGAAACAGAUGCGAUACUUCGCAGGAGCUCGGAGAACAUGUUCGAGCACAGAGCAGAGCCUGCAAGUCCACGAGCACGCAAGAUAAAUCGUCCAGUCCUCGAUGAGGAGGAAGCUCUGCGCGAAGUGGUGAAGCGGUACCGGUACUUGAUUGACGUUAGUGAGCUUUGGAUGACAGCCGAUGUGCGCAUGCUCACAAGGGUUGCCAGCGGUAGAGCUACAGAAGAUGCUUGGGUGCGAGAGCUGGAGGAACUCCUCAUGGAAAAGCUCGGUCUCCUAUCGGAGCUGAAGGACUCGGUUAGCCGCUAUCGAAAGAUAAGAGAUACCUAGAUACGGAUCACGGAGUGGUAGAAUAUCCUCCGUUCGCAGCAUUGAGGAUGCGAGCAAUAAAAUUAAGCCAUUUAAGCCAAUAAAAUUGAUGGAACCAUUGA